CUUUCGUCAUCGAAAUAUGGCGACUGCCAUUCUCUCAUGAUUUUGGUGUCUCGCCUCAACUGCGUUCGGAGUAGUACCGUUUUCGUGUUGGUGUCGAACGAUGCAUGUGUUCAAUUUCACUGGACUAGUUGAUUGCUAAAUCCAGUUGGAAAGAUGUCUAAGCGAACAAAGGGUGCUUUGGUGGGCUUGGUUGCUGAAUACAACAGUGAUAGCGAUGAUGAAGACACGCAAUCCUUCCCUUCCCAAAGUUCUAAAAUUGAUGACACGGUUUCAAGAACUCCCAGCCAAAAUUCCCAUCAGGAUGGCUACUCUGUUCAAGGGAAUUCUUAUGUGGACAGCACCAACAGCCAUCAGCAGUUUGCUUGGCAAGAGUGCUAUGAUGACAGCACAGGAUAUCCAUAUUAUUGGAAUUACCAAACCAAUGAAGUGACAUGGGACCCACCUCAAGAAUCCCUGUUGUACCAGAAGGAGUCAACUAUAACCCAAAACUGUGACUUCACUGCUGAGAGAAGUGUUGCCAGUACACAGCAGCAUUCUCAGGCAGUUACCAGCUCUGCACCUGGGCCUAGCACUACAAGGCCCUCCAUAUCGAUGCUCCCAAGUCAUUCAAAUCAUCCUGUUUCAAGUGGUACAACCAAGAUGAAGAAGGAAAUGACAGAGGAAUUUCUUGAAACCUCUGGAACCAGCAAAGCAGAUAUGGAGAAUGAAGGAAAGAUUGAGUUGAUCACCUCCUAUGGACCAGUCAGUUCAUCUGAUGAUUCAGAAGGGGAGACAACUGCAGACGAAGUUGCUCAGAAGUUGGGUCCAAGAAAGAGGAAGCAGACAUCCUUGAUGAUAUCUCGAUCUGCUUCUCCAGACUCAACUGAUAUUCCUACCUAUGGACCUCAACUCCCACCAGACCAUUCCAAACAGGCAAUUCCACCAAAGAAGAAGAAAAAAACAGCUCCCCCUGACUCUGAAUCUUCCCGAAAUCCAAUCUUCACAGCCUCACUCUUUGUGGGACCUGUUCUUCCGGGGAUGGAGAAUACCAUGAGUACUCCAGCAGUCACCUCAGAGGAGGCAGAGUCCUCAACAGGGGCAAAGCUCCAGGGAAACAGCUCAAAAUUAUGUCAAAAGAAGUCAACAAAAUGGAGAUCACCUGACUCCAGUGAGUCAUUUGCCUAUGGCCAAGCAUCAGGCUCCAAUGGGAUUCUCCCUGAUUCCAGACAAAGUGAAGAGCCCACAUGUGAUAAUGAGCCAAGUGGCAAAGUAGGUGAAGGUGUACCAGAUGAUAUAAAUGACAUUAUUGCUGAGAUUGAAAAGGAAACCCCUCCAGACUAUGAACCUGAAACCUGUGUCCCACUUCCAAGUAAGUGCAUGCCAGAAGAAACUUCACUGUCAGUGCUGCUCCCCCCAAAGGUAGAAGACAAAGAAGAAGAAAAUAAACCAUCUGUUCUGCAGGAUGACCAGAUCUCCGAUUCUAAGAAGGCUUCUUCAUCUAGCAAUCCAUGGGAAAAACAGAGCAUUACUGUGAAGAACAAUCUCCCCGAUUCUACCACCUCUAUCAGAAACCAAGUGUUUGAAAUUACAGCUGAUGCCUUUGGGAAGAAGGUAGGAGCAGUAAGUUCAAAGUAUACCCAGGAUGGAUCUCUCCAUAGAGGGUUUGGUUAUAGUCCUGAAAGGGAAUGGAAGGAUGGGCAAAGUGAGUUAAAGAAGCAGGAGGAAAGUGUGUUCAGCAAAAUCUCCUUCAUCAAAGGAGAGACUUUGGUACAGAUAAAAGAAGAAAUGCCUAUCUCUACUACUUCUACUCCAUCCACAUCUCCAUUUACUGCCUCAGAACCCACAAAGUUGGUGACAAAGUGUCACACACAGGAUGCUGGAACUUCACCUUCAGACUCACCUCCUCCAGAGCUCUUACCACCUGAACUCAAAAAAUCAUAUGAAGAUCUUUGUGCCAGACUCCUUGCCUUGAACAGUGAUUUCAAAGAAGCCUCUGAAGCAUCCUUCUUAUUUGCUCAGAUACAGGCUUUAGGGAAAGCCUGGGAAGAAAGGGCCUUGCUCAACAUUUACUUUGCCAAAUGGAUUGAGGAGACACUUGCUCGUAUGCCCUUCCUGGAACAGGAAAUCCUGCCUCCCAACUGGUCGUGCCAGUGGAUUAGGACUGACAAGAUCUACUGCUACACUCACAAGGAGAGCAGGAGGAGCCAGAAGGAACCUCCAAGGGAUAAUGGCAUCAGAAAAUCCCCAACAAGCAAUAAUGAAAUUUCAAAUGAUGCAUCAACCACCACUUCAACAUCUUCAUGGAUGCCUCAGCUGCCACCACCACCCCCAUUGCCAGAAGCUCUCCCACCCCCACUGCCUCCCUUGCCUCCUCUCCCUCCACCCCCUCCACCCCCAACCAUCAGUUCCCAUUCCCCGUAUGAGCCUCCACCCCCAGGAGAGGUCCUGUCUCCAUCUUCAACAACAGCAUCAUCUGAUCAGACAUUCCAUCUGCCUCCUGUCCCUCCUCCACCAAGAAUCUCAGCCACCCAACCUCCUGUUCCUCCUGAGUCCCCUCCUCGUCUUUCUAAUUCCAAGUCAUCUCACCCUGACUCGACAGAGAAGACCUCACCUUCACCUAAUGGAGAUGAGAUGGAUCUUGAUACUGAUGAUGAAACAGCAGAAGAGUCAGGUCCAUCAUCAACUGCAGAAAUCCCAUCCAAAGAUGACAUAACAUAUUAUUCUACAGCUAGUGCCUAUGACAUGACUCACAUGAGUUAUUACUACUCACAAGCAUUUGUGAUGCCACAGUAUGCUGCAUCAGCUACUCACACAAUUGCCAGACCACCAGAAAAGAAGGACCAACUCAGUGUAGAACUCUCAUCAUUUUAUUCCGACCUUGCUGAUCUGAAGUCGGAGGAAUAUGACAAGUCAGACUCCAAUGCUACAGGUGAGAAACCUACAGAGGAAGAUUCUGCUGCUUUGCGUCAAUCUAAGCCAGAACAAAGUGAAGUCCCCUCCACUAGUGCUUUUGCAUGUGAGUCUGAAUUGCCAAACCAUUCGAACUCGGAACAAGAAACCCUUCUGCCAGUGAAAGAAAAGAAGCUGAGAAAGCCUAAGAUGUCAUCAUCUCUCACGUUCAAGAAGAAGAAUGUCUCCUCGCUGGUAGCCAAGUGGCAACAGGUCCAACAAGCCUAUAAGUGAACUUGCUUGUCUAUUCCUAAAUUAUUUUAAUCACAAUGAAAUGUUUUAAAAGUGAA